AUGUCUGCUACGGCUUUAUUCGGUAAUACUUCGGGACUUGGUGGUAGUUCAGGAGGUAAUAAACAUUUAGUCGAAUUCCGUGCUGGGAGGAUGACACUGAAAGGACGUAUGGUACACCCAGACAAGAGGAAAGGGCUUUUAUAUGUGUACCAAGGAGAGGAUUCCUUAAUGCACUUCUGUUGGAAAGAUCGUUCAACUGGAGAAGUAGAAGAUGAUCUUUUAAUUUUUCCUGAUGAUUGUGAAUUUGUACGAGUUACUGAAUGUACAACAGGAAGAGUCUAUGUACUUAAAUUCAAGUCUUUUGCCAAAAAGUACUUCUUUUGGAUGCAGGAGCCAAAAACUGAUAAGGAUGAUGAAUUAUGCCGCCGUAUUAAUGAGGCCUUAAACAACCCACCUACUUCUGGGGGAAGAGGUGGAAGUGGCAGUGGGGCUCAGGAUGGAGAGCUUCAGAAUUUGCUCAACAACAUGUCCCAACAACAGUUGAUGCAGUUGUUUGGUGGUGUUGGCCAGAUUGGUGGACUGUCGUCAUUGCUUGGAACUAUGGGGAAUAAUAGCAGCAGCAACAGUGGCAACUCAAGCAGCCGUCCAACUACUGGAAGCAACAGUAGCUCUCGUGGGGGUAGUGCCCCGCGGACAACUGCUACUACGGAAGCACCUGCUGCUAGGACUCCAGCCCGAGCAAGAGAUGUACCUGCUCCAACUGCCACACCACCCAAUACUGCUACUGCCACUCAGCCACAAAGUGGUCAAGUGUUCCUAUCGGACUUGCAACGCUACUUCUCCGGUGUAGGCACCGCGCCAGAGGGCGAAGCCGCCGGCUCGGGCGCCGCGCGGGUGGACCUGGCAGCUGCCCUAAGUACACCUGAAGUGGUGACAUCGGCCAGUGAGCCGAACAACGCGCAACGCCUCGCGCCUCAUUUGCCUCAGACAGUGCCACAGGACGAUGUAAGGACCACCCUGCUCUCACCGCAAUUCGCUCAGGCUGCUAAUCAAUUUUCGUCGGCGCUUUCUUCUGGACAAAUGGGACCGGUUAUUUCUCAGUUUGGUUUGCCGUCUGAAGUGACAUCUGCGGCAAAUACUGGUGACGUGCAAGCUUUCUUCAAGGCUCUCGAAAAUUCCUCUAAUUCGGAUAGUGCCAAGAGUCAAGAAGAUGAUAAAAAGAAGGACAAGCCGCAAGACAAGAAUGAUAAGAAGGACGGCGAUGCUGGCAUGUCAUUAGACUAA